CGUUCGGUUGCCGGCAACAAGAGGAACACAGCGAGCGCAGAGAAUGCGAUUAGAACACUGAUAAAAAAACGAAAUUCAAAAACAAAACAGCGCAAAACUCGCAACAGUGCAAAGUGAAGCAUGUAAAAAAGCCCCAAAAGAUAACUAUGUUGAAAUUGUGGCGAAUCCAAAGUGCAAGUUGAAGCAACACGAACAUGGCCUCCAGCAACAUCAGCAGCCCCAAAACGCCAACAACUCCGACGACGCCGACGACGAACAGCGAUCUGGAUAGCCAAGUGAAUGUGGAGGAUUUGCCCAUAACCUUCAAGGUCAAAUACAUUGGUUCGGAGGCAUCGCGUGGCUUGUGGGGCAUCAAAUACACCCGCCGCCCGGUGGACAUUAUGGUGGGCGUGGCCAAGAAUUUGCCGCCCAACAAAGUGCUGCCCAAUUGCGAACUGAAAGUUUCGACCUCAGGAGUGCAGCUGGAGAUCAUUUCGCCCAAGGCGAGCAUCAACAACUGGAGCUAUCCCAUCGAUACGAUCUCGUAUGGAGUGCAGGAUUUAGUUUACACGCGUGUCUUUGCCAUGAUCGUGGUCAAGGACGAGACGAGUCCGCAUCCCUUUGAGGUGCACGCCUUUGUCUGCGACAGUCGCGCCAUGGCACGCAAGUUGACCUUUGCCCUCUCUGCCGCCUUCCAGGAUUAUUCGCGGGUGGUGAAAGAGGCUUCUGGAGAGGAUCAAGUGGAUGACACACACAACGAUUUAAUCACGCCAACGAGGCAAAAGUUUGCCAUCGAUCUGCGCACGCCCGAGGAGAUUCAGGCGGGGGAACUCGAGCAGGAGACGGAGGCGUAGAUCGGGACUUUCCCUUCAGUAUAUGUGUAUAUGUAUGUGUGUUUGUGUGUGUGUGCUUUUUUGUAUUAUCUCCGGGGUGCGGAAGUCGUGUCAAUUGUGAUUGUCAUAGUUACUUAUUCGACUGCAGUUUGCAGUUUAGUUGCAGUUGCCUUUUGUUAAUCGUAUUCUUCUUCUCUCUCUCUCUCUCUCUCUGUCUGUCACCCAGUAUUUGCUGUCCCUGUCUCUCACCUGGUAGUAGCCUCAUACAGCUAAUUACCCAAAGCCUAAGCAUAAAGCAACUGUAAACAACAAUUAAUCAUUUACGUCAAAAUAAAAUUAAAAUAUACAAUCAACAAACCAAGCA